UAACAUUAUCUGUCUUGUUUUGUCACAUGCAACACGAUGGCUGUAAUUAGCAUACCUUAGCUUUUUGUUCUGUGUGUUUGAUGUACGUUUUCAGUAUGCAAAAUGUGCUUAUUACUUUAAAUAAGCCUUUUUAAUAGCAGUCAUCUCAGGAUUGGGUCAAACUUUGAAUGGAGUCGGGGCCACAGUUUCUGUUGUCUUGUACAGUUGUAGUGAGAAAUCUGAAGGUUUGGUGUUGCGGGCAUUCUGCACUUCAACAAGAUAAGAAUGGUCAAAUAUUUCUGUCAUAACACAGACAUCAGGAGUACAUGGGACCAUGUGGUCUCUGCUUUCUGGCAGAGGUAUCCCAACCCUUUCAGCACCCAUGUUCUCACAGAGGAUGUUGUGUAUCGGGAAGUGACUGCAGACCAGAAACUCCUCUCCAGACGCCUCCUGACGAAAACCAAUCGACUGCCUCGCUGGGCAGAACGCUUCUUCCCUGCUGGAAUAUCUCGCUGUGUGUACAUUAUUGAGGACUCCAUUGUGGACCCCGUCAACAGGAGCCUGACUACCUACACCUGGAACCUCAACCACACAACCCUCAUGUCAGUUGAAGAACGUUGUGUUUUCCACGAAUCAAGGGAGCAGACCGCCACCACCCAACUGAAACGCGAGGCUUGGAUAUCUUCGAGUAUAUACGGCUUCUCCAGACCAGUUCAGGAGUUUGGAUUGGCUCGUUUCAAGAGUAAUCAAGGGAAGGCCAUGAAAGGGCUGGAAUACACGCUGGCAAACCUGCAGGGUCUCUGGCACAGACUUCUCCCACAGUGUGUCGGCUCUGCAGAACGCCAUCAGUGCCUGACAUCCUGCCAGCCGUCUCUACUGCAGCAUGGAACGCUGCUCCCGUCUCAGACUUCUGAUGAGCACCCAGACCGGAGCAUCACUCGACAAAGAUUUACUUAUUUUUUGUAAAUGCUGGAAAGAGGGGAUGCUGACCAAAAGUCUACAUUUAACAUGUCGGUAAAGCUAUUUGUGUGGCAUCUCAUAAGUAUUCUUACUAACUGUUCUACAAGGAAGGUUUAAAUAAAGUGACUUUUGGUUUGGCAGGAAUAAUAUCUGAUGGCGAUGGGCUGCCGCUACACGCCUCGUGACGUCACUAUGACGUCUUCAGUGCCAAUUUAGGUUGAUAAUCAAACGAGACGCGUGUGUGAUCAGAUCCCAGUUUUCACUGUUUUAUGUCAGACCCAUAAUCAUAUGUAAUAGCUGUUGAUGCUUUUGGGGGGUGGGGUGGAUGAUCUAAAUUCAACACUGUGUUAACAAAAAAAUGUUAGAAGCAUUUGUUUUUGUUGCUGUGCACCUUUGCAGCAUCCAGACAACCUGUAAUUCCAGUCUGAGCAGUGUGAUUUAAUCCUGAUUUGUGAGCCUUCAGACUUUAAAAGCAGUCUGAGGUGAUCUGAUCUCACAGGCUGGAAAGAAGACACAUGAAGUGACGUAGUGUAGUCAGCGCCACCCUUUCUGAUUUCAUGCGUGAACCCCUUAUCCCGCGUCACGAUCAAAUCUCUCAUCGCACUGUGCUUUUGUGUUUGAGAGAAUCUGCUCAUUGGCAUAAAUCUCUGUGCAACAGUAACACAAAUGAAAGUACAAAAUUUCUUUUGCACUUACAGAUUAUUAAAGGGGUCACAUUAUACACUUUUUCAUAAAGCUGAUAGAGGUUUCCAGGUGUCUUCACAAAUUGUUUUCAGGGCAAAAAUUACUAAAAGUGACUUGUUUCUGUGGCUGCUGCUGGCCACACCCCCACUUAAUUUUUAAACGGCAUCAUGUGUCACAAUUCUAAAAUGAGCCAUUUUAGGCCUAGAUUUUACUUUAACGAGGAGAAUUUGAGUUGUUUAACAUGAAGGCCCUGCUACAUGCAACUGUAAAAGAAACAUUAAGAAUUAAAGAUUUGAAUCAAUAUGACCCCUUUAAGCUUUAAUCUUAGUGAAGAAUCCCUUUAAUGUUCAUAUACUUUCUUUAAAAAAUAUUUUUUUCUGCCUCUGGGGGUUAAAAAUAGCAACAGUUACUGUUUUAAUUCAUAUAAUCUCUUUAAGAAAAUAACUUUUUAAGAAUUUACAUAACCACUAUCCAUCCAGCAGAAAAACUAAAUCUCAUGUCUUCAAAAAGCACUCACUGCGAGCGCGCUGUACACAUUUGUUCAGUGAUGCCACUGAAAAAUUCUAUUCUCGCACAUGACCCUCAACUCAGCGCUUCUCUUCUUCAACCCUGUCACAUUUCUACUGGGAGGUUCUGUGCAAGAGAAUCUUGUCUCUGUUCAUUUGACCAACAAAUUCAAAAAGGACAUUUUUGCUAUUAAAAAAAAACAGUCAUACUUUUUGACAUGAAUGUAAACUCAAUUCCAAAAAAAAACAAAAAAAAAAACAGCUUUUCCUAAAUGCUUUUAACUAACUUGUGUCCUCCAGCAGUGUGCGGAGCGAGUGCAGAUCAGAGGUA